AUGUUGGCAGAAGGAGAAACGCUGGUAUUGAGAUGCCCUCGAAAAAACUUCAGUGAGGAUGGACACAUGGAGUGGAGAAAUCCACAAGGCCAUCUUUUGUUCUUUAACAAUGAAAAAGCUCUAAGAGACUCAAGGAGCAGCAUUUUUCAUUUAAGCAGCUCUGAAUAUACAUUACACAUGUCUAAUGUUACCUUAAAAGAUGAAGGGCUUUACAGAUGUCUACUGUAUGACAAUAAAGUCAUUUCAAAAAGAUUUAAAGUAAAAGUAUUAGAAAUUCCAAAAAUAGAAAUGGCAGAGUAUAAAGAUAAAACAAUCAUCAAGUGUUCAGCGGCAGCGAAUGGCCACCCACCUGAACUCUCUUGGCAAAUCAGUGGGGUUGAAAUCGAAGGUUGGAGGUGUAAGGCAAAUGACAUCAUAGUUCAGAAUCAUAAAAUCCAAGUUAUCUCUGACAGUGAUAAGAGUUAG